AUGGAGUCGAUAGGACACGAACUCUACAGUCGUGACUUGGGCUGCCCCCGAGGCUGGUACUACUCCCACGGCCGCUGCUACCAACGUACUGGGUGGUACUACUGGGGCCGCUGGGUCGUCGCCGGCGUCAUCAUCGCCCUCACCAUCUUCCUCUGUCUGAUCAUCGCCUGCGUCAACUCCCGCCGCCGCCGCAAGCAAGGCCUCCGACCCAUGUACGGAACCGGCUGGAUGGCGCCCCCGGGUAAGUUUGGCGGCCCUCCGCCUCCCAACCAGCAGUGGGCUCCCGGCUACGGAAACCCCGCGCCGCCUCCGCCGCCCUACGGUCAGCAGCCUCAGUAUGGUGCGUCGCCUUAUGGCCCGCCGCCGCAGAAUGGAUACUUCGGUCAGACGGAGGGCGUGCAGCAGCCGCCUAACGCGUAUCAGGGCGGCUACGCACCGCCUCCUGGACCUCCUCCCCAGAAAUAA